AUGGAGCCGUCGCAGAGAAGCGAGGGCGCCAGCAUCAAGAAGCCCAGGACCCCGCCGGCGCCGCCCGGGGCCUACACCGGCGCCGAGCUCCUCGGGGAAAUACUCCGUCGCCUCCCCGACAUGGCGUCACUCGCCAGCGCCGCCCUCGUCUGCAAGCGCUGGGGCCGCAUCGCUUCCGACCCCGCCGUCUUCCGCCGCUUCAGCUCCCUCCGCAGGCCCCCGCUCGUCGGCGUCAUCCUCACCGACCUUGGCCGCGAGCGCUUCCCCCUCCACAACCCUGCUCUCCGCUUCAUCGCGGCACACUCGCGUCACCCCGAGCAGGACCUCGCCGCAGCAUUCGGCGAUUUCUACUUCCAACGCCACCCCGAGAUUAAAGCUGCCGACGAGUGGCGCCUCCGUGGCUGCGACGGUGGCCUCCUCCUCCUCUCCUGCGGCCGCUAUGCGUCGAAGCUCGCCGUCUACGACCCUCUCGAGUGUACUGCCAUCUUCUUCCAGCCACCCGAGCGCUGGCACACCGGCCGGUACGCCAUCUUCGCCGACGAGGCCGACGCCUCCUUCCAGGUCAUCGGCAUAGAUCUCUGGGUCGAAGAAACCUUUGCCGUCUUCUCCUCCCGCACCGGCAAAUGGGUCGUGCUUGACUCGUCGUUCCCAUACUGGGGUUUCGCGUGGCCUCGCAGCGACGGUAUGGCCGCGGGGCGGUUCGCGUACUGGCGGUCGAACACCAAGAAGAACUGGCAUGAGGAUGAAGAGAAGAUAUAUGUGCUUGAUACGAAAACCAUGGUGUGGUCGAUUAUAACCGCGCCGUUCCCGGUUGGCGAGUCGUACUGCGUGGCGGACAUGGCGGAGCACGGCGGGCUGUGCAUCGUGUCCAGCAGGGAGCAAAGCGUGCUGCUCUGGGUCCGUGAUAUCAAUGGUGGAUGGGUGGUCAAGAAGGAGGUCUCCUUGCUGAAUCAGUUUGGGUACUUAAAGAGAAUUCGUCGUGACGAAUGGAUGAAGAGGCUGCACAUCCUCGCAAUGAAGGCUGGCUAUGUCUACAUGGAGUUUUGGUCCAUAAGGAAGUCUGAAUCCUAUAUUCUUGUGCUCAAUCUGAACACCGUCAAGCUGCAACAAUUCUUUCGCAACAUUACGGCUAAGCGCUACAGGGGUGCUGCUUUUCCAUUCUUCUUGAGGUUGUCACCACUGCUUGCCACAUAUGAUGAUAAGGAAGUUCAAGAUGCUUGA